CUUGGGCUCUGGCAUGGAUCGUGGCCAAUUAAACCAGACCACUUUGCUAACGUGCCUUGGGUGACGACCCCAGGCAAGUACUUGGGCGUUCCGCUUGACUGUUAUCGCGACAGCGAUCAGUAUUGGAAAGGGCAGGCUAAAGAAACACAGGAGAAAGCGGAGAAGUGGAAAGGGGCCACCUUGUCGAUCUUUGCCAGGGCCACCGUUUGCAACCUGUUCUUUAUCAGCAAGCUCUGGUAUGUCAUGCAGGUGUUGCAUUGUUCCCGGACAAAUGUGCAGAAGUUCCACAGAAUAUUUGCGAUAUUUGUCUGGGCUUCUGGAUGGGAACGAUGCAGUCGUACGAACUUGUUUCGACGGGUAAAAGACGGGGGGCUCGGACUGGGCCACCUCUUCUUGCGCCAGCUAGUUAACCGAUUUAUGUUUUUUAGGGAUGUGACAGACCCGUUCCUUCGCACACUAUGUCAAUUGCGACUGGGUAGAGCACUCCCAGAAUAUGUUGUGUCAACUGAAGAUUGUGUGGGAGGGAUCGGGGGUUAUUUUAAGGAAAUUGUGUCCAGUGUAAGAUUCCUUUGUGUACGGUUUUCGCGGGAGUACCUUUCUCGCGUCAAACGAAAAGAGCUUUAUUUUGCAUUAUGUGAUGUUGUUUUUCCAGUGCCCCUGUACCGAUCAUUGUACAGUGGAGGCCCAGGUAGCGAUGUCUUAAAGAGGGUUAAGAAAAUGCAUGUGAUGGCGGGAACCAAAACUUUUUUCUUUAAACUGCAUACCGAAACAUUGCCUGUAAAAACUUUUUUGGAGAAAAGGGGAUGCUUUCUGCCUUGGGGUACGCAUUGUAUUAUUUGUAAGCUGCCAGAAACCGUAGAUCAUGUCUUCUUACAUUGUUGGGAGGGUGUUUAUUUUUGGGAUGUGCUGCAGAGAGCUAUUAAGAAAGAUCUUCCUUUGAACCCACACGGCAUUCGGUUUUUGAGAGUAAAAAACGAAGAUGGCGUACCAUUUGACGCAAUCAUGCUCCUGGGCCUCCACUCUUUGUGGCGUUCGAGAAUGGCAGGCCACCAUUUCGACAAAGAUGCGCGGCCUGCACGAGCGUACUUCAGGGAGAGUAUUGAUUGGUUUAUAGAAUUAUAUAAAGCGGAACCGGAACCACCCGAAUGGCUGUCAAGACUACAGCCACUGGUGACAUUGCCCGAAUUUUAACUUGACGAUACCAGCA